CUGAAGGAUUUGUUUUGUAUUAUGCAGAAAUUCAGAGAAUACAUGACUUACAAGAAGGAUUACAACAGUGCGGUCCUUCAUUUACUCCGUCAGCUCGUGAGGGAUGCAAUCCGCUUUGAAGAAAUUGUUUCCGGAUCAGCCGCAGGGCUCACCCACAUUGAUGUAAAAGUGGCAGAUUUGCAGAGGAUGGCGCAGGAGUAUGAGAUUCUUGAUCUGCGACCCUUCUUUACAAGCGCUAGUUUCUCAGGAGCCAACUUUGAGUUGGAUGAAGAGCGUGGAUUUAUAAGGCAUCACCUUGCAAGAUGAUGAUGAUGGAAAGAAGCACCAGCAAAUAUGUUGCAUUAGUUUAAAUGCAGAUUAUGAACUAAAUCUCACAAUUUUCAUUUGCUAAACUAUAUGAUUGCAAAUGUCCUAAUUUGCUCCAACAAAUACAAUUCAAUUACUAAUCUUAUGCUUUUUUUC